AUGGAUUAUUAUGAAGCCGAUCAAGUACGUUAUCUUCAAGCUGAGCUUUUUCCCGUUUGUGUUAUUGCCAGAGGUGGCCUGCUGGGAAGUUUUCUUCAAAGAUCAUUAAAAAGUAACCAGUUACGCGUCGAUACUCAUUUUCCGCCUGGUAUAGACGGAGGUGAGUUGGGAACCUUGAAUGAUGGGUCGGUGCAGGCCAGAUUGCGCGAGCCGCGGGAACUCUUCACUUUACCCCGGGAUCCAGAAGGACCCCAGCAAACUGCUAGGUGGCCUUCGGAAUGCCAGGUUUUGGAGGAACGAGUUCAUCAUAUAGAGUAUACACCUCCACAGCCUGAGCCUUAUUAUAACUUUAGCGGAAAAGAACCUCAGCCAAAGGUUAUUGGUGAAGAAAGUGGUGUCGUGAUUUAUCAAUAUUAUCCGACAAGUGCAGUUAAUUAUUUUAGUAGAUCUACCGCAGGCGGUAGCAGAUUAUCUCCUCCGGGGACGUCGGCUGGACCGCGCGAGCCAACAUCGGAGGACGAAUUAGCAUUCGAGUCGCGUUUCGAAUGCGGAAAUCUUGCCAAAGUGGUUAAAAUUACCGACACUUACUAUGAAUUACAUUUGAGAUCUGAUUUGUACACUAAUAGACAUAUGCAAUGGUACUAUUUCAGAGUAUCAAAUACGAGAAGACGUUUUAUAUACCGGUUUUCUAUAGUAAAUCUAUCAAAGGGUGAAAGCCUUUACACUUCGGGUAUGCGCCCAUUGCUUUAUUCAACUCGCGAUGCUCAUUUGCACAGCAUAGGGUGGAGAAGAUGUGGUGAUAAUAUCAGCUUUUAUAAAAAUGAUUCAUCAAGCGAUGAGGAACCAGAUCAAAGUGCUUCCUAUACUUUAACAUUCAAUAUAGAAUUUCCACACGACAGAGAUUCCGUAUAUCUUGCUCAUUGCUAUCCAUAUACAUACACUGAUCUACAGGAUUAUUUAGGUAGAAUUCAAAACCAUCCAAUAAAAUCAACUUUCUGUAAAUUGAGAUUGUUAUGCAAAUCUCUAGCUGGCAAUAACGUUUAUUACCUGACAGUCACGGCACCUCCAAUAGAAAAUGAAACUAAGAAAAAGAAAGCCAUCAUUGUAACAGCACGUGUACAUCCAGGAGAAACACCGGCUUCGUACAUGAUGAAAGGUCUGAUGGAUUUCAUAACUGGUGACUCAGCAAGGGCUCGUGAACUCAGGGCUAAAUUCAUUUUCAAAAUAGUUCCUAUGCUCAACCCCGAUGGUGUAAUAGUAGGAAAUAACAGAUGUUCAUUAACUGGAAGAGAUUUAAAUCGACAAUAUAGAACGGUUAUAAGGGAAACUUACCCACCAGUGUGGCAUACUAAGUUAAUGAUACGCAGAUUGAUGGAAGAAUGUGGCGUAUUGAUGUAUUGCGACAUGCACGCACAUUCGCGCAAACAUAACACUUUUAUAUAUGGCUGUGAAAAUAAACGAGGAGCAGACAAACGCCUGUUGGAGCAAGUUUUCCCUCUGAUGCUCCAUAAAAAUGCUGCAGAUAAGUUUUCCUUCGAAUCUUGCCGUUUUCGCAUUCAACGGUCCAAAGAAGGCACAGGACGCGUGGUUGUAUGGCUGAUGGGUGUUGCCAAUAGUUACACGAUGGAGGCUUCAUUUGCAGGCUCAGCAUUGUCUUCCCGAGCUGGUACACAUUUUACUGCUCAGGAUUAUGAAAAUAUGGGUAAAUCUUUCUGCGAAACUCUAUUGGACUACAGUGAUGAGGAUCCCAGCAAGGAAAGACUUAGGUGUAAAAUCAUAACUAGACUCGUACAAGAAGGUUCUACUGCUGAUGAACCUAUUAACAUCAUGCUGUCUGAUUACUCAAGUGAUGACGGCGAUAGCUCGAGCAGUUCAGACUACGAUCUUUUGUUCAAUAAGAAGGAAGAAGUACUCGUGGUACCACCACCGUCACCAGUAAUUUUAAAUAAGUACAAGAAGAGCAAGAAGAAUAAAAAACAGCUGUUAAAACCAAUAAAUAGAACCAAGUCGUAUCAGCGAAAAGCUAUUAAGAUGGUGCGCACCACGUUGGAUUUACCAACUACCGAUCCUGGAAGUGAUUUAUGUACAACAGAAAUAGAUUCAGGAGAUGAUACAGAGCCCGUAGCUAUCUCAAAAACUUCAUAUUCGCCUAGAACCAACAGUAAAAAUCUACAGAAUCGUCAAAAUUUGAAUGAUGACAGGAAACGUAAAACAAAACGUCGUUCAAUGCCUCCAGAACUAGUCGUUAAAAUAGCGCAAAAGUAUGAACAGGUUUCGGAUAAUGAAAGUUACACAACAAAAAGAGAAGCGGAAAUCCAAAUCCACAUAGAGCGUCAAUCCAGCGAAUACGAGUUUCCUAAAGAUUUUCCGCCCGUUGAUAAACUGCGCACCUGCCCGUGGAAUCAAUUUAAGAGUCUUCCUCAUAAACAGUUUUCAGAAAACCGGGGUGAUCGCUCAGGCGAGUUGCGUGCUAAGCUUCUUACAAGCACGGCGCGGCAGCAGGUGUGGACGGGCACACCAGAAUGGGGACCCAGGGCACCCUUAUCAUGGGGUCUAUCAAAAAUGUUACACUUUAAUGGAGAUAGUACCGCUUUGUUAAAAUCAUGCUCGCAAAAACUUCUUACCCUUGAACGUAUGAGUUUGAAUUAUCACAUGAAAAUAUUGAAUGAAGCUAAAAUCGCAAAAUCAUUAAAGAAAUCAUUCAGUCAGUCAGGAGCCAAUUACGUGCAACAAUCGAGCGAUGGAAAUGGCUUAGAAAAUCGAAAACGAAAACCAAGACUUAAGCGAUCUGAUAAGGCUACUAGUAAAGAUAAACCAGAAAUACCAUUACCAUCUUAUUUAUAUUGCUGGCACAAAGGACAUAGAAAAAGAAAGCCUAUAGCAACACAAAACACAGCAAAAACUGUCAUGUCAUUUGCUAGUCCCGAGGAAUCUAAUGUAAAAGUUAGUCGAAAUAACGGAUUAAAAUUAGGGGGUCUUGCUGUUAUGGCCAUUAAUAAUAACACUAAUAAACAAACACAUAAACUGAGGCGUCAACAACGAAAGGCAGAAACAAGCUCGGAUACGGAAACAGAACAUAAAUCCAAAGCUCAAGACGGGAAACAGAAAAAUAAAAAAAAGUUGCUAAAGAGUCGUAGUAAAUUAGUCUCAUUUGAUAAAGUCAGUAAGAAAUUGUAA